CGCAUUCUUCAACGCAUCACAACACAACAAACCCAAAUAGCGUCUCUUACAGCGUCCAUUUCGCGCUCUAACAAAGUCUCACCGAGUCCGAACGAGUACGGAAUUUCAAAACCCUAUUUCAUCGGGGACGAAGAUGAACGAGUCUCCACGUAGAGAUCUCGAAGUCUUCGAUUCCAAGGUUGAAGAUGAUGAGAAUAACCCCGAUAAAAACCUCAAUAGAUUCAACAAAAUCUCUAAUCUCGAUCCCUUCACUCACGUGUAUCAAUCACGUAGAAACAAAAACAACACUGUUCUGGCAACUCACCAGCUUCAGGUGGAAGUGAAACAAGAAAAUGUAUUACAAGAUGCCCAGAUCAACUCGGUUGAUGUCAAGAAUGUCCCCAGUAUUCCCUGUGUUGAUGUGGUUGGCAGUAUUUUAGAUUUGGAAGUAGGUUGUUCAAACCCCUCUUUCGAAACAAUGGAAGAUACUUUUGAUAGCAAAGUGAAGAAUUCUGAGUUAGGAGCUGACAGUCAAUCAAAUUCCAUUAGUCAGGAGAAUCACUGUCAUUUUAAUAUAAAUGUUGAUUACUAUGACCGACCAGAGAAUAGUGAUACAACUAGUGGUGCAUCUACACCUGAGACGAGCCAGAUUGGUCCUUCAGGGUCUCCAUCCAGUAAAGAAUCUGUUGACGUUAGUUCUGACGCUGAUGAUUGCAUGAACUACGAGAGUGCUCCAAGAAGUGCUGUUUCUGAUAUUGCAGAGAACGGUGUAUUUCAUCGUAAUCCUAUUUUCAUAAUUUCAGUUUCACUGAAUGGUUGUGGAUUGGAUGGUGCUCUCAUCUCUGACGCCUCUGAUACGGAUGACACGAAUACAGAAGUUGUCCUUCGUCCUGAUUAUAUAAUUUACCAAGAUAAUUAUUAUACGGGGCCAAUGUUAACCUUCUCACAUAGUUGCAUCAAGAUCAAUGUUUCAACUGCAUGUAUGGAGCACGAGGCCUUUGAUCUUGAAUGGGGAAUUGAUGAUCUCAUUGAUAUUAAGUGUCAGUCGAUUCAAAGUAGUGGAACGGUCAUCAUAAAGAUUAAUGUGAUAUCAAGGAAUGCAAAUCAGGUAGAUCAUGCAAGUGAAACUUCAGGCAUCGAGGAAUUGAAGAUUGCAGUUGUUGAUUCCAAUUGGUCCCUGAUACAUAAACAGAUCACAUCCCUGAAUGUGAAAUACUUGGCUAUUUGUAACAUCAUGCUUCAUUUGGAUGUGGAAGAUGACGAAACUAAAUCAGGUGGAUCAAGAUGCUACUUUCCUAAUUUUGAGGAGCCUUUUGAUGAAGUCAUCUAUCCUAAAGGGGAUGCAGAUGCUGUUUCUUUAAGCAAGAGAGAUUUUGAUCUAUUACGACCAGACACAUUCGUUAAUGACACAAUAAUUGACUUUUACAUCCAGUAUCUGAAGAAUCAGAUACAAGAGGAAGAAAAACCUAGAUUUCAUUUUUUUAAUAGUUUUUUCUUUCGAAAGCUGGCUGAUUUGGACAAAAAUCCAUCUAGUAUUUCGGAUGCAAAAGCAGCAUUUCAACGUGUUCGUAAAUGGACCAGAAAAGUAAAUUUAUUUGAAAAGGAUUACAUCUUCAUCCCUGUGAACUUCAAUCUUCAUUGGAGUUUAAUAGUCAUAUGUCAUCCGGGUGAAGUGAUUAAUAAUGAUAAAGAGUUGGACAACGCACUUAAGGUGCCCUGCAUAUUGCAUAUGGAUUCUAUAAAAGGAAAUCACAGCGGUCUGAAAAACCUGCUCCAAAGCUACUUGUGGGAAGAAUGGAAAGAAAGACAUAAAGAGGCAUCGGAAGAAGACUUUUCAGCAUUAUUUUCAAAUUUGCGUUUUCUCCCCCUUGCGUUGCCACAGCAAGAAAACUCAUAUGAUUGUGGCCUCUUUCUGCUGCACUACCUAGAGCUCUUCCUUGCUGAAGCUCCUCUUACUUUCAAUCCAUUCAAAGUAACCAAGUUUUCCAAUUUUCUCAAUGUGGACUGGUUUCUGCCUGCUGAAGCUUAUCUCAAGCGAACACUGAUCCAGAGGCUGAUAUCUGAACUCGUGGAAAACCAUGGUUCACGUGAAAUCUCGUCCUCUGAUGGUAGUGAUGAUCACCAGUACAUCGAAAAUAUUGAGAAUGGAACUGGUAUUGAGCAUCUUGAGUUCAACAGUGCGUCAAAACCUUCCCAUGCUGGGGAGGGAAUAGAAAUGACUCUAUUGUCCGGAUCAUCGUUUUUGGAUCCUCAAUCUUUUAACAACCCGGGCAUGGUUCUCAAGGAUCUUUUUGAGCCAGGUACUACAGCAGGAACAACAUCGGCACAGUGCCAAUCUUUUGACCAGCGAUCAUCUGAUUAUCGCUUCGAUAAUUCAAUAUUUACGAUGGAGGAAGACACAGAUCUUGGUGAACAAUUUAUGUAUUUGGCCACAGAUACCAACUUCCAGCAAGUGGCUGGAGUUACACCUCAAGCAUGUUCUUUGCCUUACCUUCCAAGGGAUUGUGGAAAUGGGACUAAUCACAUACCAGAAAUCUCUCUGCAAGAGGCAGUGUCAUCACCAAGUAGUGCCUCAGGUGAUACAGAAGACAUUGGGGUCACUGAAUACUGCCAUGGAGAUUGGAAUGAGCCCAUAACAUCUUAUGAGGCAGAACGAGGUGAAAAAAUCUGUUCACCCAUAGAAAAUACUGAGCAUUUUAUAGAUAUUUCUGGUUCUGCUGGCAACAAUUUUCCAACACCCUCGGUUGUGGGAAUUUCUCAAGACUCCAUUAUGAGUUGUGAUGGUUACAAGAAUGGUGAUAUUCACUCUCCCUAUCAGGAAACGACCACAUUAACAUGGCAUCAAGUAUCUGAUGCAGUCGUAGAUGAUGAGACCGCUUGCGAUGGUCAGAUAGAUAUUUCUGGCUCUGCUGGCAACAAUUUGCCAACAUCCUCGGUUGUGGGAAUUUUUCAAGAACCUAAUUGUGAUGGUUACCAGAAUGGAGAUAUUCACUCUCCCUGUCUGGAAACUCCUACAGUAACAUUGCAUCAAGUUUCUGAUGCAGUAGACGAGGAGGCAGCAUGCGACGAUGGUAAGAUGAUUGAUGGUACGGAACCUGAUAAUUCUGAGGAACAAGCUGCAAAGCGGAGGCGAGUUAUGCCUCUAGAAGGCAGAAGUGAAGAAAUUGUGACAGAAUCCAAUUUGUAGAUAUAGGGAUAAUUUAUGGUGGCUUUUAAAAGUUAAUGUUUUAUACUCUUCUAAUAUGUGCAUAUCAUUGAUGCUUGUUAGGUUGGGAAAAUAUCUGGAACUUUAGAUAGUACUAUUUGUUAUUUCAAUAGUAUUUAAUUUUUCUAUAUGAAAACUGUUCAAGUUCA